AUGAAGACAUCGAUAUUAAUCAUGCACCAAAUAAAACGAAUCCCAAUCCAUAAAAAAAUAUUUAACAAGGCAUUUGCAUCCAAUUUUGUGGAAUGUUCCUUAACAUUAGAUGACAUUCCUUAUAGAAGAACAUUUCCCGUGAUCGGCACCAAAUUGGAAUUUAUUGCAUCAGGUAGUGGCACUAAACUCCAUGAAUAUAUAGAUCACCGUCAUAAGCAAUUGGGUCCAGUUUUUCGGGAAAAAUUAGGCGGUGAUGCAGAUUUAGUUUUUGUUAGUGAUCCUUUGCUAAUAAGGACUCUUUUACUUAAUCUAGAAGGGAAGUAUCCAGCACAUAUAUUACCCGAACCAUGGGUAUUAUAUGAAAAUCUGUAUGGAUCUAAAAGAGGAUUAUUUUUUAUGAACGGUGAAGAAUGGUUAGAAAAUAGACGCAUUAUGAAUAAACAUUUAUUGAAAGAAGGGUCUGAAACAUUGUUAGAAGGCCCAGUGAAAACAACAGUACGAAAAUUUAUACAGAAGAUGAAAUAUGCUACUGAAUCUGGUACCUUCGUUCCUAACUUAGAAUCAGAAUUUUAUAGAUUAUCUAUAGACGUUAUUGUUGCUGUAAUCUUGGGCAAUAAUUCAACCAUAAAGCCUAAUAAGGAUUGUGAAGCCCUUUUGACUAACUUUUCUGAAUCAGUCAAGAAAAUUUUUCAAACAACAACUACACUGUAUGGACUACCACUACAUUUAUGUCAAAAAUUUAAUUUAAAAGUCUGGAGAGAUUUCAAAGAAUCAGUAGAUAUUUCCUUGUCCUUAGCUCAUAAAAUAGUUGAUGAGGUAUUAAGUAAUCGACACCACAGCAAUGGAUUGGUAAAAAUGCUAUCCGAUGAAAAAGUAAGUGACGAAAAUAUAAAAAAAAUCAUCGGAGAUUUCGUGAUCGCCGCUGCAGAUACGACUGCUUACACGUCUUUGUGGACAUUGUUUCUUUUGUCAAACCAAGAGAACACGAAGGCUGAAAUACGCUCUAGAGACAAAAAUUAUGUCAAUUAUAUACUUAAGGAAUCUAUGAGAUUGUAUCCUGUAGCUCCUUUUUUGACAAGAAUAUUGCCAACGGAAAGUGUGCUGGGAUCCUACAAACUUAUAGCUGGUAUGUUAAAUAUAUCAAUAGAAAUGUUCUGUCGCAAACAUAUUUCCAGUGUUCACACUAUACGUAAAUAUAGUGCAAUUUGUGGCAAUUAUUAUAAAGAUGUCAAUAACGUUACACCAAUCAUAGCAUCAAUUUAUACCUCAGGAAGAGAUGAAAACAAUUUUAGCGAAGCUGAGAAAUUUUUGCCUUACCGAUGGGACAGGAAUGAUCCACGAAAAAAGAAGCUACAAAAUCAUACAUCAUUCGCUUCACUGCCUUUUGCUCUCGGCGCCAGGUCAUGUAUAGGCAAAAAACUGGCGAUCUUACAGAUUACUGAACUCAUAAGCCAGAUUGUUGAUAACUUUGAAUUCAAAUGUUUGAAUAAAACUGAAAUAAAAGCAAACACUUCCCAAGUGCUCGUGCCAAGUACUGAUAUCAAACUUGAGUUUUCUCGUUUUGAGUCCGCAAGCAAGGAUCGUAGCAUCUGA